AUGGGGAAGGGCUACACCAUCGGCCUCGCUGCCUUUGCAGCGACAGGGAGUUUUCUGUUUGGUUAUGACUCGGGCGUUAUGACCGAUGUGAUUGCGUCGCCGCAUUUCCUGAAUUUCUUCAACACGACCAAGACGUCCUCCAUUAUCGGUGCUAUUAAUAGUACUUUUUCUGGUGGCGCAUGCGUUGGAGCCCUCACAGCCGGCCUGACAAUCGACCGUCUCGGUCGACGAGGCACAAUCCAAAUAGGCGGGUUCAUUGCCAUGAUCGGUGCGAUUCUGCAGUGCGCUGCGAAGAACCUGGCCAUGAUUCUCGUCGGGCGGAUUAUCGCUGGCUGGGCCGUUGGGAUUCUUAGUAUGUCGGUGCCGGUUUAUCAGGCUGAGUGUGCGCAUCCGCGGAGUCGUGGGUUGAUUGUUGGCCUGGCGCAGCAGAUGAUCGGUGUUGGAUUUAUCGUCAGCACAUGGAUUGGUUACGGCUCUCUACACGCCCCCGACACAAACUCCGUGCAAUGGCGGUUCCCACUCGCCUUCCAGGCCCUCCCAGCCAUAAUGCUCGCCAUCGGCAUGUUCUUCCUCCCCGAGUCGCCCCGCCAUUUGAUCGAGAAGAACAAGGACGAAGAGGCAAUGAAGAUCAUGAGGCGGCUGCACUAUGACGGCACGAACGAGGACUGGAUCCAGGGCGAGUUUGUCGAGAUCAAGACGACUAUUGAGGCUGAGAAGGAGAUUACGGCGCCGGGGUGGUUGGUUAUGUUUCGGGUGCCGCAGUGGCGGAAGAGGUUAUUGCUUGGAACCCUGGUGCAGGUGUUCACCCAGAUGACCGGUAUCAACGUGAUAAAUUACUACCAGAACAUCAUGUACGAGGCCCUGGGUAUAACCGGUAACCGCGCCACCCUCGUGACAGGAAUCUACAACGUCGUCGGCCCCCUCGCGAACCUGGUCUUCAUCGUCUUCCUCCUCGACCGCGUCGGCCGCCGCCGCCCCCUUAUCUUCGGCGCUGCAGGGAUAACGCUAGCCCUCGUCUGCGAAGCGGCCAUAAACUCGCAAAACGAAGAUGGCACCCGCCACGGAUACAGCGUUGGCGGCGUGUUCCUGUUCUUCUGCGUGACCGUCAUCUUCUCUUUCUCGUUUGGGCCGGUCAGCUGGGUGUACAUGUCUGAGAUCAUGCCGAUGCAGAUCCGCGGCAAGGGGAAUGCCUUUGCGACGGGCAUUGGCAAUUGGGCCGUUAGUACGCUCUGGAGUCAGGUUUCGCCGAUUGCUUUGGGCAAGAUUGGUUGGAAGUUUUAUUUUUUGUUUGCCGGGUGGAAUCUUGUUGUGACGAUCCCGACGAUUUAUCUCUUGUUUAUGGAGACCAAGCAGAAGACGCUGGAGGAGAUUGAUUUGCUAUUUGGUGGUAGAGCUCUUGGGACGCUGAGCAACGAUCUCAGUGGGAAGGGCUUGGAACCGGCGCAGGGAGAAGCAGAGCAGGUCGAAAAGGUCGAGAAGGCACCAAAUGUAUAG